GACUGAGGAGCACCAUAUCUUUGGAGUAUCUAAGAAAAUAUGUCAGGCACUGCUGGUCAAGUCAUCUGCUGCAAAGCUGCUGUGGCAUGGGAAGCAGGGAAGCCAUUAGUGAUAGAAGAAGUGGAGGUGGCACCCCCACAGGCCAUGGAGGUCCGUCUCAAGAUCCUCUACACCUCCCUAUGUCACACUGAUGUCUACUUUUGGGAAGCCAAGGGACAGACCCCUUUGUUCCCUCGAAUUUUCGGUCAUGAAGCAGGAGGGAUUGUGGAGAGUGUUGGGGAGGGUGUGACAGAUCUCAAACCAGGAGACCAUGUCCUCCCAAUAUUCACCGGAGAGUGCAAGGACUGUGCUCACUGCAAAUCAGAAGAAAGCAACCUGUGUGACCUCCUCAGGAUAAACACUGACAGAGGGGUGAUGAUCCAUGAUGGAAAAUCAAGAUUCACCAUUAAGGGCAAACCCGUAUACCAUUUUUUGGGAACUUCCACCUUUAGUGAAUACACCGUCGUUCACGUUGGCUGUGUUGCUAAGAUCAAUCCCUUGGCCCCUCUUGACAAAGUCUGUGUCCUCAGUUGCGGCAUCUCCACAGGCCUCGGUGCCACUCUCAAUGUGGCAAAACCGACCAAGGGCUCAACCGUAGCCGUCUUUGGACUGGGAGCUGUAGGUCUUGCUGCUGCAGAAGGGGCUAGGAUUGCUGGCGCUUCGAGGAUUAUUGGUGUUGAUUUGAAUCCAAAAAGAUACGAAGACGCCAAGAAGUUUGGUGUGACCGACUUUGUGAACCCAAAAGACCAUGAGAAAUCAGUUCAAGAGGUUAUUGUGGAGAUGACCGGUGGAGGCGUCGACAGAAGCCUCGAAUGCACUGGAAAUGUCAAUGCCAUGAUUUCUGCAUUCGAAUGUGUUCAUGAUGGUUGGGGUGUUGCAGUAAUUGUGGGGGUACCAAACAAAGAUGAUGUCUUCAAGACCCACCCCAUCAACCUGUUGAAUGAAAGAACUCUCAAGGGAACCUUCUUUGGGAACUACAAGCCCCGUUCUGAUAUUCCGGCUGUGGUGGAAAAAUACAUGAACAAGGAGCUUGAGGUGGAAAAAUUCAUCACCCAUUCAGUUCCGUUCUCAGAGAUCAACAAGGCCUUUGAAUACAUGCUAAACGGGGAAGGCCUUCGAUGCAUCAUCCAUAUGGAGCCAUAGAAUAUCUUGAGAUGAGAGAGUCUAAUUGAAUAAAACUAAGGUGAUCUUGGGUGACUUUCAUAUUAGAAGGUUUGGUUUUAGCCGGUGAAAGAGAGCAUCUGUCUGGUUGUUACUAUGAAAAUAACUAUGGUUAAUAAAGGAGGUCAAAACUCAUUCCCCUUGGCUUUAAA